AUGAUGAAAUGCAAGUAUAAGAUAAAUUAAAAGAUUAAAAUUAACAUUAUGAGUCAAGAGAAACCACGGAGACCAGAGAAAGAGCCGAUUAAAUACGGCGAUGUGUUCAACGUGUCUGGAGAUUUAUCAUCCACACCCAUUGCACCAAGAGACGCAGCCACUAUGCAAUCUGCGGAAGAUCAAACAUUGGGCCAGACUCGAAAAGAUGGGCCUGCUUCACUCAUGACUUCAGCGGCCCAAAAGAACGAGAGUGCUGGUUUUGUGGGCCACGAGACUGCUACUAAUAUUGCUAGAAAUGAAGGCGUUACUGUUGGCCUAACUUAUGAUGGGGGCAAACGUGUUAUUACUGAGACCCUUGGUGGACAGGUUUUGGGGAAGUUUGUGGAAAAUGCAGAUGGGGCAAAAAGGGAUGUGGGUGAGGAUGAGUUGGAAAAUGAAAGUGAUCCUCAUCCUGCCUCAGCUCAAGCUCCUAAAGUUGAAGCAACAAAAGACAAUGAUUUCAUAAGUAACAAAGGUGGUGGUGUUAUGAAUCCUAGGUUUUCUGGGAACCAAGACAAUGAUUCAAUGGAGAAGCGGGUGUGAAUGAAAAUGAUGAUGAAAUUAUAAAUAGUGUGCCAGGUGGCAUGGGAGCAUCUAUGGCGACAGUGGACCGAGUUAACAAAAACAAGUGAAGUCGAAUUCAAAUGUUAUCUUUUCUUUUAUAGCGUCUUAAUUUUACUUUUGUUUCUUUGUACUUUGUAUAAUGUUUAUUUUUCCUUUUGUUGACAAAGACUUUCGUUGGUUGUGUAUUUUCACUUUAGCUAGUUUAAUGGUAUUAGUCUUUCGUUGUAUUAUAUAAUCCCUAAAUAUGAUGAUGGUGAUUAUUCUUAAUUGACAAA